UCUGAACAAUAUUACAACAUCUCAUCUGCAGUUUCCUGCAAAUACUGCAAUUGUUUCUUCUACUGCUUCAUAUUCAGUCUGAGACACAAGAUGAGCAGAGAAGGAGACUGGAUGUGUCCUGCAUGUCAGCACCUCAACUUUAGAAAACGCGACUCGUGCCAACGGUGCAGCUGCCCGAAAUACGCCACCGGGGCUGAGGUCUCCUCAUAUGCAAUACAAAAAACGGAAGUUUUGGCAGGAGACUGGUACUGUGGCGCUAUGAAUUGCGGUGUGCAUAACUAUGCAAGCAGACCAACCUGCUUCAGAUGUGGUGCAUCAAAGGAUUAUUGUGGGUACGGCGCUGGAAUGAUGGCCUCUGCCGGUUAUGCGUACCAUGCAAUUCCUGGCUGGAAAACUGGUGACUGGAUUUGCACCAGGGUAGGAUGUGGCAUGCACAAUUAUGCUAGCAGAACGGAAUGUUACAAAUGCAAGACACCAAGAGAUUGUGGAGGAGCAAUGUAAGCAAAUAUGGAAGGGAAGCUGCUCUUCUCAAGCUUUUGCUUUUUGCUUUUCAGUAUUUUGUUUGCUAAUCUUUUUUCUUGGGAAAAAUAAGGAAGUUGUAACACUUUGAUGACUGAGUUUAAUUGGCAUUCUCCA